GACGCCUUCUAAAUCUUCUCUCUUAGCCCUUUUAGCCCUUUUAGCCCCUCUGGCCCCUCCUAGCCCCUUGGCUUCUUGUACCCCAUCUCGUAAACUUGUCCUUGUUCAAAUGCUUGCUUGCUUGAUUUUAGACUGAUUUAUUUCGCUGCUACUCUUUGAUCAUCACCUUCCAUACCUAGGUACCUAAGGUAAACCAUUCAGAUUCAACCUGAUUUAUCUCUCAACCUCCCGCAACCUCUUUUAACAUUCUUCUAAACUUCGUCAUCUACCACUUUAUUCGUAAUGCACUUCAAUUAAUUGUAUUCAUCGCCAAUCAAUUAUUUCCACUCCCUCGUCUUUUCUCUCAGUCUCGGAGCUACGCUUUUUCUACUCUUCAGCAUCGGCUGCAUUCUCUGCGAUACCCUGUAGACUAUCUACCUAGGUAGUCCCCUCUAUAUUUACGCCGCCACGUCUAGCACUUGAUUGGCUAGCUGUUCCUUCGGAUCAUCUCCAACUCUAUCCUCACAAUAGCGAUAUCGUACUCGUACGCGAUCCCCCUUGGUACGUCGAAGAGAAAAGAGGAAACACAAUAAAGUUUCCCGGAUCGAGCUAUUUGGAUGACGAACAAAACCGAGAAACCCAACUCGAGUUCUUCGUCCAAUACCGCCAAAGUGUCUUCCCCAAUCCUCAUUCCCCGCACCGUCUCUUACGACGUUGGUACAAAUCCUCCAAGACGGGGAGGUACCACGUAUCUCGAUAUGGGAGACUCUAAGUCGGCUAGGAGGCGGCGGUCGAGCAGCAUCCUCCAGAUAUAUCAAGAACCUCAGGAACCGAUAGAACAGCUGAACGACCAGUCUACCCUUCCGAAUCUCAAUGCGAACUGGGUCAACGCUAAAGGGGCGUGGACCAUCCACAUUGUUCUGAUCCUUGCGCUCAAGAUUCUUUGGGAUGUUAUACCCGGUGUUUCCCAGGAGACGUCUUGGACUUUGACCAAUAUUUCCUACAUGUUCGGCUCCUACAUCAUGUUCCACUACGUCCGCGGCGUACCCUUCGACUUUAACAGUGGUGCAUAUGAUAACUUGAAUAUGUGGGAACAAAUCGACGACGGCGCGCAGUACACCCCCGCCAAGAAAUUCCUGCUCAGCGUUCCUAUUGUGCUCUUCCUCCUAAGUACGCACUAUACCCACUACGACCUCACAUAUUUCACCAUCAACUUUCUAGCUGUACUAGCGGUAGUUAUACCGAAGCUGCCCUUUAGUCACCGCAUGAGAGUAGGCCUGUUUUCUGGUGUGCCAGAAGACUAAACUUGACGAUGGUACCCAGCAUAUUCGAAUCGGCGUUUGAGAAAAGGUUGUGGGUUUGGGAGGCUGCGAGUCAUUAAAGGGGUUAAUAUACAAAAGUAGAGGAGUAAGGGGUGAAGGCUAAACUGAACGUCGAUUCUAAGAGCAAAUCAGUCAAGACAAAACAUUUACAUUAUACCCCAAGACCGUGUGUGUUACCCCUUGUCUCGGCACUUGUUGUCUAGUUAGGUCUCUCGACUCUUCUCAAAACGCGACGCGAUCCUCUUGAACAUGGCGACGCUAUUGUUGAUGAUUCCGAUGUUGCGAACUCUGAUACUAGCUAGCUUCUUAUGAUGGUGUGACAGUGCUACAGGUAAGGCGUAGCAACAUCUAUCGCGGGAUAAUAUAGGCAUUUGCGUAUAUCAAUUAUCUACUAGGGUAGGUAUUAAGAUAACCACAUCUAUCCCUUCAAA